GUUUGAAAACUAAACCUAAUUUAUAGAAAUACAGUGCGAAAAUUCUAGAUACUUAGUGCCAAGUGGUUUGUCGCCAAAUAAUUGUUCUACAGAAGAGUAUAUGGCGAUAUAUGCCAACGGAACACACGUGCACGAAGGAGUCUCUACGUAGAGAGAGAGCGGAGUAGUGGAGACUGGGUCACCCAAGGAGAUGCACUGGGGACCGCUCUGUCUUGUCGUGUGAUACUUUUAUUGUGAAUCUGUGCGUUUGACUGCACGUGUGCUGUUGAUGUGAACUUUGGUUGAACAGAAGAUUUCGAAUCAGGUGAAAAGAAUCCAGGAAGGCGAUUGCGUCAUUGUACCGCAUGCUGUCUGUGUGCUGAAUGCAGUUCGAGGUCGUGGAUCAGAGUUGGAGAUUGUAACCAUUAAUUGAAAUCCUCAAAAGCAUAGAUACCCAGUGGAAAAAUAUUCUUCAAUAAUUCAAAAGGAAAGUCAAAAGAAAGCGUUUGUGAAGACCUCGACUCAAGUCCUCUCCCUGUGGCGUCUGAGAGUGAAAACGAACAGCCUGCGACUCUCUCCCAACACAGCAACAGCAGCAGGAGCGCAAGAUGGGUCCAGAUCGGCACAGGCGAUUCGUCGUGUUGAUUUUAGUGUCCUUGUUUUUCCUCGUGACGUCAUGGCUGGAGGAGGAGUCCGGCGAGUCGGGACAGGGGUUACGAGCUUCCGUCAGGAUAGCAGCCAGACGACUCAGCCGGGCCAUCGGAGGCGCUGAAGACAGAAAACACGCCAGGGGCCAGCGCAAGGGAGAUCGACCGUUUAUGGACGACGAGGACGAAAACAACGACGGAUUCAUCAACAGCUUGUACCGCGACGAUGACGACGACGACGAGGACGAGGACAACGAGGACAAGCCGUCGUAUGCGAAAACCUUCCGGGCGAAAUCACGGAUGUAUGUCAGAACCACGACCUUCCACUUCGACCUCUACUCAUGCCUCCCGAGGUUCAUCUGCGAAGUUCACGCUCAGCCUCCGGGCGCCGACCUCACCGAACUGGAGAAGGACAUCAUCGCUCUCUUCAGGAACUACGUCGUGAUGGAAGGACCCGGUUCCCCUGUUUAUUCGUACCAGCUGGCGGCACACAUGGGCCAGCUGGCGACAGGGAUAGAUCCUUCACCCUGCCACGGCCUCUAUCCAUCCUGUCCUCUAUCCCGACCGCAGCUGCUUGACGUCCUGAGGAACGUGCGGAGUUCAAGGAGGAUGUUCUAUUAACCGGACGCACGCCCCCCCCCCUCUAUUCUCUUUGGCCCACGCCAUUCCCGUGAAUGGAAACCUCCCUCAGUGUCCUGUCUCGAAUUUGUUAAAAGAGUGAAAUGAUUUAAGGAUUCUCUGGAAAUGUAUUGUGUAUAUUCGGUACUUCGGAGUCCAAUGUUUAUUCGCGUAGUUGUGUGUGUGUGUGUGUGUGUGUGUGUGUGUGUGUGUGUGUGUGUGUGUGUGUGUGUGUGUGUGUGUGUGUGUGUGUGUGUGU